AUGGAUGAUCAUAAUUUACUGGAUACCUCAAUAUCAGUUAAUGAUAAUUGUGUAAAUGUAAAAGAUUUCCAAACUGAAAUAAGUGGCGCAGUUACUGCAGCUCACGAAAAUGAUGAUAGUGAUAGUGAUGGGAAUGAUACUAAUGAUUUUACAGAGUUAAAGGAGACCAAAUUG